UAACUUUUAACAAUCGCUCGGUGACGUCACGCCGGAAACGGCCGCAGUUCUACCGGAAGCGGCCUCCGUCUCUUUCUCUUGCCGCCAUCAUGGUGUUCAAGCGCUUCGUUGAGGUUGGCCGUGUGGCCUACAUCGCCUUCGGCCCCCACGAGGGGAAGCUCAUCACCAUCGUCGAUGUCAUCGACCAGAACAGGGCCCUGGUGGACGGACCGUGCACGGGAGUGAGGCGCCAGGCGAUGUCCUUCAAGUGCAUGCAGCUGACAAACAUCAUCAUCAAGUUCCCAUAUGGUGCACGACAGAAGACGGUCCGUGCGGCGUGGGAGAAGGGGGAGGUUGACAAGAAGUGGGGGGAGUCGAACUGGGCCAAGAAGAUCGAGGCUCGGACCAAGCGUGCGAAGAUGAGCGACUUUGACCGCUUCAAGCUGAUGAAGGCCAAGAGGAUGCGUAACCGCAUCAUCAAGGCCGAGCUGAAGCGACUGCAGAGGGCUGAGAACAAGAAGUCUUGAGGUGGCCCCACGACUUCCUCGUCAAGCCCCAGCCCAAGACGUUCACUUCAAUAAAAGUCACCGAGACACUCAA